CGUCUAUAAGUUGAAUGUCGUAAAAUUACCGGAAGUGAUGAAUGUAAACACAGUCGUGGCUUAUUUCGAUUUGGUGGAACAUACAACUGUUGAAUCAACACAACACGACACUUUCCAGCGACCCACUGCCUGGAGGCAAAUAGGAGGAUGACUUAGAUUUGCCUUAAGUUUACAUUUUGUGUUAAUUUUGGGGAAAAUACUAAAGACUUAGGACACAUGGCAUCUGGCAGCAUCAUGGAAUGACUUUGGUGAGAAGGACAUACAACAAGGAUGCCGUUAGAACGCGGCGCGGCCAUCCAGCUAGGACUGCUGCUCCUAGCCGUGCCAGCCCAGUACUUUGUCUCCCAGUACUUCUCCGUGUCAGAGUCACAGAGAACUUUUGCCGUCAGGAAUUUACUCAACAAUGCUGUGGGUUUUAAAAAUAAGUACCUAUCAUGGAAGUCAUGGCAACAAUGGUGCAUGGACAUAAUUGGUGGUCUCCAUGAAAACAUCCCCCCCUACACUGGCCAGGACAAUGUGAAUGGGGAGUCGCCGGCGGUGGAGGUCCUCAAGUACAAGGACCCGCUGGGUUAUUUUGCAGGUGACCCAGAUCCAAGAAGUCCCCGAGCUCCUAAUGUACAAUUUCGUGUUGGACAGGUGGUACGACACAAGGUCUGGGGGUACAGAGGGGUGGUAAUAGGCUGGGACGCCACAGCCAGAGCUCCAGAAUCCUGGCUACAAGACAACCACGCAGCAGACAAAUCACAUUGGAGGAAAGUGCCAAACUUUGCCAUCCUGGUGGACACGAGAGACAGGAUGUCUCCUCAAAUGACAUAUGUACCCCAGGAAAACUUACAAGUUAUCACUAAUAUGAGGAUAAUGCACCCGAGUUUGGACCACUACUUUGAGAUGUAUGACGGAGCACAAUACAUUCCUCGUCCCUGGCUUAAGGCCGUCUAUCCACAUGACUGACUGAAUACCAAUAUUACUGCCCUCACUUACAACCCGUGUUUGUCACCAGAUGUAUAAAGGGCACAUGCAAUUUUAUUUUCUCAAUAUAUGUUAUGAAUAAAAUGAAUGAGUUUGUAUAAAUACAUUGGACUGUAAAUCAAGUUUUUGCAAAGCUAUAUAGUAACAUAUUUAAACAAAGUGGUUUAAAAUUUGGUGUAUCUUGUUUUGGUGUUUUAUCACCCCUAAGAAUGUGUGUACACACUAGUACUAUAAACAAUGCAUUGUGUGUAUGUGUGUGUGUUAUACAAUGUAUGUGUAUGAUAUACAAUGUAGGGUUUAUGCUUCAAAAUGUAUGGGUGCAUACUUAUCUAUAAUAUAUAUGCAUACUCAAUAUAGAUGUUUAUUAAACAGAUGCAUUCUCUAUUGUAUGGGUAUCACAAACAUUGUAAUGUAUGAACCAUAUCAUUGUAUGUGUAUUCUUUACAUUGUAUGUGUAUUCUUUACAUUGUAUAUGUACUCUGUAUAGUGUAUGUUUACCUUUUACAUUGUGUGUGGUAUGUGUAACAUUUAUAUUGUAUGUGUACUCCAUACAUUGGAUAUGUACUCCAUACAUUGUAUGCGUACUCCUGAACAUUGCAUGUGUACUCUGUACAUUGUGUGUGUACUCUGUACAUUGUUUGUGUACUCUGUACAUUAUUGUUAUACAUUGUAUAUGUACUCUGUACAUUGU